UCCUAUAAAGAUCAGGAGAAACUAUCAGCACAGCUCUUUCAAGCCCUGCCAACAUUCUAUUAAAUGAAAAUGAGAAAGUGUGUCGCUUUUAAAAGAAAAAUUGUACUGUAUUAAUUACAGGUUUAAUAACAAUUAUUUGCUAGUAAGUGCUAAUGAAUGACUUGUCAUUUCUUGAAAGUAUAAUUUGUUACUAUUCACGCUUAUGCCUCUAAAUAAAAAGAACUAUUGCCUUAAGGCUCUAAAUACCCAGAACUGCCUCAAAGUAUAUGAAAAUAACAAAGCUUAUGCUUAAUCCUACUGAAGAGUUAAUUUGGCAGACACAAUGCACGAAAAUAACCUAGUGUGUAACAUCAAGAAAUUAAAAAUUACAUUGCUGCCACAUUUACUAAGUAGAAUGCUUCACUAGGCGAUAACUGUACCUUAUCCUAAUAUGACUUCCAAUGUACUUGAGUGUAAUAUGAAAAAGAAAAAAAAAUGAAUUGCUGUUUUUCUUUGUUCUGGUCUAUUAAGUUGUAAAUUUGUAGUAGUACUGAUUUAUUUAUCUUUACACCUAGUCUCUUAAUAAUUUGUUUUAAAUUUACUAUUUUUUCCUUAAAUUAAUUAACAGCUUCUGGAGUGCUUUAAGAAUGCCUGGAGUGAGGACUGCAGUAGAAAAGGGCCUGUUGGCAGUGUACGUCCUCUGCAGCAUUAGGCAUUAGAACUGGCUGAAUAUCCUAUUGCAAAUUCUGUUAUACCGUUAGUAGCAUAAACUAAGGAGGAUAUACUACCUCAUUUUUCAGUCCAAACAGCAGGAUAUCUGUGUCACUAAACAGAAAAACAAAAUUAGACAAGUGAGAAACUGUAAAUGCCACUAGACAAUUACAUAGUAUACUUCCACGGUGAAGAAACUGGAAAGUUUAAAUAAUGGUGCCACAAAUUGCAGGUUUACAGAAGACUUGAAGGUCCUCCCAAAACACAGUUAAAAUACAUGGGUUUUUUAAUACACGUAUUUGCACACAACCUUUCUGAGUGAGGUUGUAACAGAGCUUUAUUUUAUAGAGCCAAUGACCAUCCGUUACUGUGGGAGUGCAGCUGUACUGUUUGCUAGAGUUUUGUCACCUCUGUAUGACAUUACUCAAGGCACUGUUCAUAGGGCAAACAUUUAUUUUACUAAACUUUUCUUGCCUAAUUCUUUCUCAAGCAUCCCUACCCAGUUGAGCCAUUCGAUGAAAAACAAAUGAAGAACCUACUGUAUAAGGUCUGUUGCACAAAAUAUUUCUGUGUUGUGCCAUAGGUAGCUUCACCCAGAAUAUACAUUUUCAAAGACUGGUAUUCAGUGCUUGUUUUCUAUCUGGGUCCAAGACUAAAGUUCUUAAGAUAACUGCAUUUUAGAUGGUGGUUCAGAAAAACAAUUAACAGAGCUAGCAUUACACACACUAUCGGUGAACCUUGCAUUGAAGAUACGUGCUUCUCAUUUAGGCUGCUCUUUUUGUUUUCAUAUUCUUAUGUAUGUAUGCUUUUCGUUGGGUUUUUUUUGUUUGUUCUACAUCAAAUGUUUCAGAGUCUGAGGUAAAGUUACUGCAAGUUCCUGUAGAAUUAGUCUUUUCAAAUGUUAUAAGCCUGCCACUUCACUGAUACAGCAGACAGUUGUUAAAAAUCAAGAGCUUUAUUUACAGUAGCUGAAGAGAUAUUAAUACAUUAUUUCAUUUUCAAGCACUAGCUGGUGAACACAGAUUUAAGUUACUGUAAUCAUAUUUUCAGCAUACAUAACCUUUGUAUGUUGUUUAGUUUACUCAGACAAAAAGAUGUCAUAUACAUACAAAUGGAGGCCGGCUGCUAUAUAAACUAAUGUGUUCCUCGAUAUUUUUUUUAAAACAGAUCAUUUUGUUUGUUAGGACUUUAUUGUAUAUGAACAAAGUUAAAACAAUCAAAAUCUUUAUUUCUUCUAAUCUCAGCCACAGUUUCCAGAAAACUUACAUGCAAGCAAGUAAUCUCAAUUGAAUUUAAUCUACACAGAUGCUCUACUUUAAAGAUUUAAAAAUUGAAUUAAUGCAUAAAUGUUGUCUUAUAUAGGAAAGAUCGUAAGAAUAAGCCUUGCUAACAUUCUACAUAAGCAAAUAUAUUGAGCAUAUUAAAUGUUAGACUAGACUAGUUUAGAUAAAACUCACUAAUUUAUAAAUUAAGGUAGUAUCAUUCUAUGGUUUAAUAGCCAGAUGGCAGCUGCUGCCCUAAACCUUCAUUUAUGAUGAACGUAUCUGCCAAUAUUGUGGAAUAUUAAAAUGUCUCAUUGUUAUUAUACAUAAAAUACUCGUAAAGAUUUUUAUUUCACGGGUAUUAUGAUGCUAAUCCUGCCUGGGGAUGGAGUAUUUCCUGUGUAUUAAAAUAACGGUAUCAAAUCUGUUUUCACUGUAACUGUAGCAAUGGCUGUCUUACAUUAAAGCAGCCUUUCUACCAGGACAGGUAUUUUACAGUGCAAAGAACAGGGUCACAAACAGGAGUGGCAUCUGCAGGGGAGGAACACACAUGAUUGUAAUACCACAGUCAGGAAGCUCUUUCUGUAUCUUAAAUUCUGAAAAGUAGAACUCAUGAUGCUCCAUUUUCUGAAAUGCAGGUGGAAAGCCUGUCUCCAUCAGUAGUCACCUAGAAAGAUACUUGUGAUACAUCUAUUGUUUUUGCUAAUGCUGCCUAUACUUACAUCAUUAGCAUAAUCUUGCAAAUUUGUAUGUUACAGAGAAGUUAAAGCUCCUAACUAAUUCCAAUACAACAGUGACUAAGUUAAUAGUAUUUUAGGAGGCAUAAAUUCUUAAGGACUUUUACAUAACUAGGAGAAACUACAAAAUUAAAUAGAUCAAACCUGUUAUGAAAGCGUAUCAAGAGAAGUAUUGUCCCAGGGCAGAGAUUUAUAUCCAAAACCCUCUAAAUUGAAACAUACAGGACCAUGUCUCCUCAAUCACACCUAAUCUUACUGGUAUUCUCUACGUUCUACAGUUAUAUUGAUUUACAGUUCCAGUUUACAUGAGAACCUAUCAAUGAAGACAGUGUAGUAUUUCAACUUAGAAAUGGAAAGAAUGAAAAAAAACCUUGCAUACAGCUCACAUACUGCCUAUAAAAGUGUGGAAACUGUUUAAUAAGCAUAUAAAAAAUAGGUAAAUUAAGGAAAAAGUGGAUUAAGUAAACAAAAUAGUAUAUUGGUCACUUAAGUAAUGGCUGUGUUAAAUCAGUAAAUCAUUCUUUCAACCAUUUUUGGAAAAAAAAGUAAAUUCUUUCAUAAACCUGCCAUACCAUCUCCUUAAACCUCUUCUAUGAGCCUGUAUAAGUCCUCACGUUUCUAUGCAAUAAAACAAAGGAGAAAGUGCGCAUAUUGAUUCAAAACAGGUAGCUGGUUUCCUUCUGGAUCAGCACAGAUCCAAUGCUACAUCUUAGUAGCAGGAAUACUGCGAUACUCUUGAAUGACUGAUAUUAAAGUGAGUGCCUGACGUACAACUUCAGUAAGAACCCAGGUAUUUUUUCAGAACACAGAGCAGUCGCUUGGUACCCAACCAAAUUCUAAUGUGGGCGUUUACUUUCUGCCUCGUUUCUCCUGCAGUUCUAAAGACAGCGUGACCCUCUGCACAACAGCAUGCUAUCCCACAGUACUGUGCUUCUACUGCUGUAUUUUUAGCAACACCAAAAAAUGACUCACUGUUUCAUAAAUGCUUUGAAAUCCAUUGAGCUGGGAGUUACGUGUGUCUAACUUCACCACAUAUGGAGAUGGUUUUUGUCUAUUUCAGCAUAUAAAAGCAGCCCAGAAUUUUAGAUUUUAGGCCUUUUAAGGGCACAGCUCCAGCUACACUACCAGCAUCUCACAGUGAGUAAUUUCAUAGAAAUUCUAGUUUAUACCAAGUGAAUCAUGACACCCAGUUUACAAAGGCAAGGCAUGACUUAAGAUAACAAUGGGAAGCAUACAACUUUCACACACCUGUACAUUACCCUCGCUAUGAACAAACUCAAAAUAUGAACCAAGGGCCUACUUCGGUAUAAACGCCCACCAAAACACAUGCCCACAUCUACCCCAAGCCUUUAACAGAUCACUAAAAAACGGCCAGUUACUAGUGAUUAGGUACCGGAACCAAUAAAAAGCUGUUUUUUUUUUCUGUCCUCAUACCAGCAGCAGUAUAAAAAGCAUAGUCCCAUAAACGUCUAUACACAUACUGAACUCAGGAUCACCCCACUGACAAGCCCCUCUCCUCACAGCGAUACCGGCACCCCAGCCACUCGGAAGCCAUUUUGUGCGUAACCCACACUCAAAGGCGCCGGCGGAAGGUGGCGCAAGCGAGGGGACGUUUUUCCGGCACAGCCCCACCGCCAUCUUCUGGGAUUUGGGCGGGUUUGUUUGUGCUGCUCUGAGUUUCAUUUCCUGAGGUAAACUAUAAAGGAAAACGAAAAUUCUUCCCUCGCCUCGCCCCAAAACACCUAACGGUCGGACUCACGAUAAAAUCGGAAGGGUUAGUUAAUGUGGCCCGGCAGAUGUUUAAUGGUGGCAAGGCGGCUAAAGUCUGUUCCCGAGUCCCUCAGUGAGGAGGGAUCUCCACCUUGAACAGCGCUGCUGUCUACUCACAGAGGCGGCUCGGGUCUCUGCAAUAGCCAUAAGCACAAACGAAAAACGCUCUGCGGGUCUUACUGAUGUGAGAGAAAGAGAAGUGAAUUCGAAACCACGCCCGGUGCGGAGGAGGCGGUUGGUAGGCCGGUAGCGCCCCACCCUGCUCCCGGUGCAGGACCUGGCCCCGCUGCUGUAGAUGAGACCACCCCAGCGCGUUCGGAAAACAAGCUGAAGAUACUGGAUGGAAACCAGUGUGUGCUGGAUCUGGAUCAGUGAUUUGGAAAUGGUCAAAUGCCAUUGUUCCCAUGUUCUUGUGGACAGACUUGCAUACAGAACUGCUUAUGUAAAAAUGCAUCUAGUUAAGAAUGAACAGCAGAGGACUGCUGUGGUAGACAUGGACUUCAUGUCAUGUUGGCUUCCUGUUUAAAAAACAGUAGGCUGGCAAUUUUAAAGUGACAGCAACAAAGUGAUGACCAGGUGCCAAGUUCCAGCUGCUCUUAUUCACCAGAUUGAACAAGAGUUGGAUAAAGAAGAAGAAGAGAUGAUGGUUUUCCUGUGCCGAGACCUUGCUCCUGACUUGGCCACUGCUGACAUUAGAGAGCUCUUGGUGGCUUUGAAUGAGAGGGAGAAACUGUCUUUUCUUGGCUUGUCUGAGCUGUUGUACAGAGUUAAGAGGUUUGACUUGCUGAGGAGGAUCUUGAAGACUGAGAAAACAACAGUGGAAGCUAACCUUGCCAGGAGUCUCAGACUUGUCCCUGAUUACAGGGUACUAAUGGUAGAAAUUAAUGAGAAUCUGGAAAAAGAAGAAGUGGGUUCUCUUGUUUUUCUACUCAGAGAUUAUGUACCUCGUAUGAAAAUGGCGAAAGAUAAGAGUUUUCUAGCUCUUGUGAUUGACCUGGAGAAAUUAAACUUGGUGGCUCCUAAUCAACUGGAUUUGCUGGAAAAUUGUUUUCGAAAUAUUCACAGGAUCGACCUGAUUAGGAAGAUUCAGAAGUACAAACAUGAAGAAGCUUUAAUGUCCUCCGUUCAUUCUCAGCCAGUAUAUGUAAAUGCACUUCAGGCAUCUCUCCCUAAUCUCAGUCUGAUUGAUCCUCCUUAUAAUUCAGGGAUCCAGAAUACGAACAAAGAAAAAUCACAGAAUGGACAAAGUCUUACUCUGGCAGAACCAAUCCACAUGUCCAUUCAGGAAUCAGGACCAGUGUCACAUAAGGUAUUUGAUGAUCAGUACAGAAUGCAAAGUCAACCUUUAGGAGUAUGCCUGAUAAUAGACUGCAUUGGCAAUGACACAGAUGUUUUGGAAGAGACCUUCAGAGGCUUGGGCUAUGAUGUUUGUUGUCACAGAUACUUAAGUAUCAACACUAUGAAUCAAACAUUGCUUGAAGUUGCAAGGUUGCAGCAGCACAGAAACUGUGACAGCUUCAUUUGCAUAUUGGUCAGCCGUGGAAGUCCUCAGAGCAUCUUCUGUACAGACCAUACCUUUUCCGGAUUCCCUUUGGAACAAAUAAAGAAAUACUUUACAGCGGACUCAUGUCCUGAACUCCUAGGAAAACCAAAGCUUUUUUUUAUUCAGAGCUACAUUGUGCCAGAAAAUGAGCAAGAAUGUACUAGUCUGUUGGAAGUAGAUGGGAAUGAUGAGAAAAUCAUUGCUACUGCAAAAAUCCCUUGGAAAGUCACUAUACCCCAAGUAGCAGACAUCUUUUGGAGUCAGUGCAAGGUGGAUGUGUCUGCACUAGAAAAAUCUCCAAGUUCAUCCUCAUAUUAUCUGCGUUGUCUGGCUGAGCUACUCCGCAAUCCUCAUAAAAGGAAACUCUCUAUUUUAGAUAUCCAUACGGAAUUGAACAGAAAAGUCUAUGAAUGGAAUAAGACCACUGACCCAAGCCAACAAUACUCACUUCUGCUUCAGCACACACUGAGGAAGAAACUUUUUCUUUCUCCCACUUAAUUGCUGUUGGAAAAAACAUGUCUGAAGUGGUUGAUGAGAAACACUAUCAUGCAGACAGUUUCACACGUACUUUUACUUUAUGCAGUGUUCUUGCAUGUAUAUCUAAAGUGCUUAUUGCUUCCAAACCCAGAGAUUUAGAAGCAUUUUGGUGUGUUGAGGUCAAUUCCUUAUAGAUUUUACAUCCGAAAGCAUGGAUGAGAAUGGCAGCUAUUGCAUAACACUGCAACAGAUCUUGCAACCAAGUACAACAGGUAAACAGGGUGGAAAGUGCUCCAGACUGUGUAGCUCUUGGGUUUUCCAGGGUUUUGUGUUUUUAUUGUUUCAUUGGUUGGUUUUUUAGCAUACCUAUUAGCAGUGCACUGAUUUAGGUUCUUCUGUUGAUGCUUGAAAACAAUACAAGCCAGUGCAAACCACUGAAAUUCACUGGGUACUAUCCCCAGCACCUAAUAAUGGAAAAACCAAGCAAUGCCAGUUUUUCAUUAACAAGUUCUGGCUUGUGUAUCUCCACAGACUAGCAAAAAAGAAGAAGAAAGAUAGCCUUUUUAAAUAAUUUGGAUUCCAUCUGCCUGCUGCGUUAGAGGUGGUGAUUCACCCAGAACGCUGUGUCAUCAGUACCGUCAACAGCACACAAUGGUUAUAUGUUAAUUAAUGAGACAUUCUGCCAUGGUUUGGGCUGUGUUUUCCACUGUGGCAAGGCUUUACAGUAACUUACCACACAAUUUAAAAAUGUGGGAUUUUGACAGAUGUUUGUGGAAGAUGAAACAUGAUCCACACAUGUUGUACCAGGCAUAGUUGUAAAAGUACACUUUAUCAUAUUUGAAUCAAAACGUCAUGAGCCACCACUGUCUCUUAAGACAGAAUUAAAUUAAACACCACACUGUUACUGCUUUUGCUUAAGAAAAAGAAUGUCGUUAUCAAUGGAUUUUUUUUUUACAAGUUGCCCUUGUUCUUCUGAAAAAGACAUGAGUGAAAAUUGUCCUAAAUACAGAAAUUUCUGUCCAGUGGAGCAGAUGCCUAACAUGAAGAGUUCACUUAAUCUGCCUGUUACAUAACAGUAUAGCCUGGAUAAGUUGUAUUGGAAUUUAUUGUCACUGAAUUUAUGGCAUUCUCUUCCCUCCUAAAGUAGCCCACUGGCUAACUUUUAAUACUCCUCAUACAGUCUCCUGUCCAGGAAAAAAUUCAAGGCGUUAGCAUACCUUGCUUGGUUUCUGGUGUAGUUACACCAUAUAUCCUGGCAUAUGUUUUAUUUCACACAAGCAGAAAGGAAAGGAGGUUUUGCUAAUGCAGGGUAUGCUAAUUCCUUGAGCAAAUGCACUGCAAAAAGAUUUUUUACUAGUGUAGCUGCAUUUGAUUUGAGCAAAAAGCAGGUGUGCUUACAUACAUAACUUCACCAGCAAUGCUUUUCAUUGUAGACCAAGCCUAACAGGCAGCUAGCGUAUUGAUACUACAUAUGGUAUACUAUCAGUAUAUAUUAGUAUAUUGAUGAUAAUUAGGAGGGCUUGGCCAGUAAACGUACUCUGGUAGGGGUUUUUUAUUCCUCGAUAUGAUGUUGUAGUACUUAAGUGUUUGCUUGACUUUUUUUUUUUUAAACCAGGAUUUUUCAGUUCCAUUUGGAAAAAAGUGAAUUUUCAAGUAGAUUUUUGAAUUAUAAUUGAAAGUAAAAAUCACAUUUAUUUGGCAAAAAGUAGAUAUUGAUGACUUAAAAGCGCUCAGGAGUCCUUCCUUACUGUGAUGUAGACUCAGUCUCUUCCUGAUUUAAGAGGUUCCUUAACUGCUGAUUGAUGAGGAUUGUUAAGAGUAUAUGAAGAAAAGAAAAACACUGAGCAAGUUUUAUCUUAUGGCCUUUAUCCAUGGAACAUGUUAAGAUUAAAAUAUAUAUUUAUUUAUAUUAAUGUACCAUUUUGUAUGAUAUAUAAAGUACCUUUUAUAUUAUUGUGAUUAAAUCUUCACUCAUUAUCUUCUUUAUUUUGCAUUCAGUUUUAUUUGCACAUUAACUCUAGAAUGUUACAUACAUGGUUGUGAUGAGAAGAACUUUUUGCACAAUUCAGAAAAAUAAUUCACCUGUAUUGCAAGCCUAUGCAUUCAAUAUUUUUCUCUUUCCACUUUAUGAGCUACAGUGUCUUCUUUAAUAAAGUAUGUGGAAUCUUUUUAAUAGAUUUGAGUUGGGAAAUGCAGCCCGGAAUUUUAUGUUAAACUAUGGGCACGUGUUAUUUGUGUGUUACUGUAAUUUUAUGUGGGCACAGGCAUAAGAGGAAAAGUAAAAAAUAUUUUUUUGCAAAAU